AUGACUGAGACUGAGGUGCUAAGUAGCGUCGAUGAUUCUAGUUCCGCAUACAGGAACAAUAAUCCUGUUCCUCAUGUGUCGCAAUCAUGUACUCCCUGGGUCGACACGAGACUUAACGGCUACCGGCCUUUGCUGCCAUUCCCCUACAAGUAUCCGAUUGAAAAGCAUGCUGGACCUAUGCUCAUCCCACCUCACGCUGUCACCCUCUGUGGUGUGUGUGGCAUGUGCAUCACCCUCGAGGAUGAGCGGGAUAUGCUGCCGAUGAAUUACGCUCGCUACAACAACGGCCAGGCUGCUGUGGAGCAUAUUGAUGCCGGAAAUAGAGAGCUUCAGAAGCUGCAAGCAAAAGGGGCAGGUGUCGAUGGUGAAUAUGCAGGCGAGAGAAAGUUUGGUGUUAUGCCCAAGCCAGGUUGGACUGGGCUUUACCGUGUUUUGAUUUGUCGCACAAAGCUUCCACCCAAGCGUGGAAUGUCGCAAUAUCAUGUUUCCGGUAUUGGCCGUUUCCAUCUUUGGGACAGCGAUCCUGAAGCCCGUAAAAUCCACGGCAACUCGGCGUAUGGCGAACUUCAAACCGGUGACGAGUACGAGCCUGUUUUCACCGUGCCUUGGAAGAAAGAUGAGCUGCUCAUUGACCGCCAGCACUUUUACAACAAGACAAUCCCAGACGACGAAAAAGAUACCACGACUAGCAAGUCUCUUGUUAAACGUAUCAGCGUAUAUCCGGCACAUUUCCACGAUCAAAAUUAUCAGCAAAUCUACCCUCAUGGGUUCCCAAUCCAUGCAAACUGCUGGGCUUUGGCUGAACGCGUUAUUGGUAGUGAUUUGAUUGAAAAGAAUCUCAAACUGUUCCUGAAUGUUCUCCAGCAGCGAUGGAAGGAUGAACCAAUGUUCGUAGAUAGUCAGGAAAUCGCCAAUUGGAUUAUUGACCGAGGUUCGUGGCGCAGUGGGUUUUACUCCGACUAUUUCAAUCAAAAUUACCGCUGCGAGUACGAAGUCAAUCGCAACCUUGUUGCCAUUCGAGACCCUAUGUGUGUGUAUGAAGUAGAAGAAAUUAUCGCUGAAAGCGCGAAGAAAUACACCCUACUGAAGGAGAAAAUGGGAGACACUGUACCCGCUCCGACGACCAUCAUCACGUCCAGUUUCAUUCUGUACAGCAUACCGUACGAGGUCUGGAUGGUCAUUUUCGACUGGCUGCAUUACAGCGAGAUAGUCAAGCUGCUGAGUGCGGCGCGACUUCGCAUGCCCUGGUCCUACUGGCAGCAACGUGCCCCGAGAGAUAUCAUCUGGGAGCUUGAUGACAUUGAUUUGCAGACUACCCCAAUCGACUGGCAGCACUUAUGUCUACGUGCUGAGCGCUUGUGCGAGGAGUCGCUUGGUCUGAUUAACCGCCAAAGGAUUUGCAAUAUCUUGAAGGAAGUUGGUCAGAAAGUGACCUUCUUCUCCGAUGUUGUAGUUACCGAUGAUCAAGCGGAAACCCCAAACACAGCAGUACCAGUAUCAGAUUCUGUGGCUAUCGAAACUCGCAGUGCAACUGUCACUAGAGACAAGUCAAGAAACGAGGAAGCUCCUGAAGAGAAUCUCUAUGAUGCCGCGGAGUCUGAGGCAGAUUCAGGACUUUCUGAAUGGGACGACGAGUACGACAAGGGCGACUACCAGGCUACAGCUGAAUGGGAUAGAGUCACACCAUAA